AUGCAGUACCGCGGGAGUAUUCUCCUGUGCUUGUGUGUUGUUCUUGCUGCAGCUUCGGCUGACACCUUCGGUGCCGGUCUUAAGCUCCUGGGGAAGAUGUACAGCAACUGUGAAGGGUCGCAAGAGAUGCUCAAGUGCUUCAAGAUCCAAGCCGCGAAGUUAGCAGACCGAGCUGCGCGUAUGGAUUCCUUACCGCUCAUCGAUGGUGUUUCCUUAGUUAGAAGACAGGAGCAAAAUCGCGCUUAUCCGUCUUCUCUACCAGAAGGUGAUCUGAAUGCGCUGACGUCAGAUGAAGUCGACAAGUGUCUUCAACAGGCUGCAACAAAGCUCUUGCAGACACAUCGAGUAAUUAUAUCUCCUGAAAAUAUAGGCGAUGAUGUUGGACGUUCUUUAAGUCAAGCAAGGGCCAAACUGAAGAAAAUGGUUGGGCCCAUUAUGGCCGGCCUCGCAAUUAAGGGUGGCUUCCUCGCCAUGGCCUUCCAAGUGAUUGCUCUCAUAGCUGGUAAGGCUCUGCUCAUCGGUAAGGUUGCACUAUUAUUGUCAGCGAUAAUCGGAUUGAAAAAAUUGGUUUCUGGUGUUGAGAGUCAUGAAAAGACAACGUAUGAAAUAGUUAAGCACCCGCAAGUGUCCCAAAGCCACACUUUUUCAUCAUCUCAUUACGGAAACGAUUUCGAUACUACCGGCUCUGGAGGUCAUUACAGGAGGAGCGUAGAAGACGAAGCAGCCGCUCAAGAUAGAGCGUACAGAGCCUACGCUAAAAAAGAACAGGCCUGA